AUGACUGAGAAAACUAACUUUGAAGGUUCCCUCCAUUCCUUCCUGUGUAAACACACCAGCAGCUGGAUGUCAUCAAUGAAGCUGUGCCAGUCCUUAUCAGAGGGACUUUCCUAUCUCCACUCUGACCUCCUCAGCCACGGUGUGCACAAGCCUCCCGUGGCCCACGGAGACCUCAGCAGCUUUAAUAUUCUGGUGAAAGCAGAUGGUAGCUGUGCUCUUUGUGAUUUUGGAUCCUCCACCAUUCUGCGUUUUUGUUCGGGCUAUCACUUCUGGCAGCAGCACAUGACAAACAUGAAGGGUCAAGCUCAGUUCGGCACGCUCCACUACAUGUCCCCCGAGGUCCUGGAAGGCUCUGUAAACCUGAGCAGCAGCUCGUUCCUCAUGCAGGGUGACGUCUACGCUUUGGGACUAAUUCUGUGGGAGAUAUGGAUGCGUUGCUCUGAUUUAUUUGAGGGCGGAGUUGUUCCUCAGCGUCUGCUGCCGUAUGAGCUGGAGCUGGAAGCCAGUGUAACUCUGGAAAGACUCCUUCUGUACGUGUCUGAGAUGGACAAGAGGCCCUCCAUACCUGAUUACUGGGGGGUGCUACCACAGGGCUUUGCGCUGAAGGAGCUCCUGACAGACUGCUGGGACGGCGACGUGGAAGCCCGACUCACAGCUCCAUGUGUCCUGGACCGAUUAGUCUCUCUUGCAUCUUCCUACCCACAUUGA